AUGACUUUGGAGGGCUCCGAGAGUCUUUCUGUUGCUUUCCUCUCCUCUGUUCUUCUGCCCGUCUUUCCAUCUAUACUUGCGGCCUGUCGGACGGUGGGCCAAUUCACAGGGCAAUAUGUACCAUCUAUCGGACCAGCUCUCCGGUUCGGUCAACUGCAAUCCCGAACGGUCACGAAAGUCGCCGCAGCCGCUAGAAACCCUCAAUCUGACUUGAAAGGGGCUCGGCAUGCAAAUACUGAUGUCGCCUCUUUAUCCGAUCAAGUCCGUCUCUUGAUGAGACGAGUCCCCUACCCUGUCGCCAUCAUCACGGCCACUGAUCCCAAUGGCCCGGCAGAUAAGGCCUUCCGCGGAAUGACCGUCUCCUCCUUCAACACCGUUACACUCAGUCCGGAACCCGUCAUAUCGUUUAACGUGCGCCGGCCCUCCGAGACGCUUAGCGCACUCCAAUUGUCCAAGCGCUUCCUUGUGCACCUCCUGGCUCCUCGACAGGCAACCGCUACCCUUGCGCGGGACUUUUCCAAGGGCAACCACAAUUUGUCCCUCUUGGAGGGGAAGAGUGAAUAUGAGUUCGUUGCGCAUGAACAUUCCCUUUCUGGUAAUGAAACUUCCGGCAGGCCUCUUCCGCUGUUGCGGAGGAAGCAGGAUGCUACGUCUACAGGAUCGGAGGACUUUCCGUUCGUAUUGGAGUGUCAGCUCCAUCCACAGAGUAUACAGGUCCAAGACCAUACGAUCGUCGUGGGAACUGUUGUUCGGGCACUUUCAGGGGAGUUGUUGAGCCUUGACUUGGAGACUAAGGCUGGAGACCUUUGCCUCACGUACGCCAAUACCCACUUCUGGGAAAUGGGCCACGAGAUAUGA